AUGGUUCGCUCCGAAGUUGUCAAGUCCCAGGUGCUUGCCUACCGCCGCUUUGCCGACAGCUUUCGUGAAGAUUCUAACGAUCGCCCUCGCUGUGGCCUCUACCUGGCAGCCAUUGUCCCAUACAAUGGUGAAACCAACUUCCCUCGUGCUAUGCGAGAGAAGAUCGUAAAGUUUGCCGCCGCCAGCGAGAACAAUGCUGUCAAGGUGGCGGAGUGGCGAGAUGCUGCUUACGAAGCCGGCUUCCCUGUUCCCGGCCCUCCUGGUGAACCCGACGUCCGAGGCAUUGACGAAUGGAAACAGGUUCUCGCUAUCAGCAUCACGAAGCUGAACACCGACAAAAAAGGCCAUAAUCCCCAUGCUUCCGGAAAACGCGCGCUUAACAAAGCAAACAAGGCCAAGACCACCGAGACCGAGACCACUAAGGCCAGCGAGACCACUGGCAAUUUAACCAAGGCCAAGAAGGCCGGCAAUGCCACGAAGGCCAGCAAGAUGUCGAAGAGCACUGGCAAUUUAACCAAAGUCAGUAAGGACAAGGUCACCAAGAACACUGGCAGAGUUGGAAGCAUGGCUCAGGACCGCUCUGCGUUCAUCAUGACCUAUCCCUCCCCUCCUGGUCUGACUAUGACCCGUGAGCCCUCUGCAGUCUCUGCUUUCACCACCGCGCCAAAUGCUUACUAUACGAACAUAUAUGGGUGUAUUCCCUAUCAAUCUGUUGUGAAUCCGAGCCGUGAACCGCUUUACCAACGAGUUCAAGAGGCAUAUAGUCCACUUCGUCGUGACGAUCAGUCUGAGGAGGAUCAUUUUCGCGAGCUCGCAGCCAAUAACGCUGGCAAUGCCAAUAAUGCUGAGUCCACCAGCGACAUCUAG